CUGAUGGUAUGUAUGUAGUUAUUCACCAGCUAUAGAGUGCACUACUUUGACUAGAGCCCUACCUGCUGCCCCUGAUGGUUUGUAUGUAGUUAUUCACCAGCUAUAGAGUGAGUUGUUGUUUAUGUUUCUAAGACUGCAGGGUGGGAGAUGCAACAAUGGUCUUGAGAACAGCAGGAAGUGUGUUGGUGGUCUUUCUCUGGUCUGUAGCAGUGGUACUGGGUCAGUAUGGCUGGAGUGUGACGUACACCACUCAGAGUAUCUGUACCUUGAAGGGGUCAUCAGUGGAUCUGUCCUGCUCUUACACAUAUCCCAGUGGUACAGUCACAUCAACCUUCUGGUUCACUAAAAUGGAGGCUGGUGUAGAACCUGAAGAUAUAGGACAGGACCCAGGGUAUGCAGGUCGUCUGGAGUAUCAUGGGGAUAAGAAGAAAGACUGUACCCUGAGAAUCACAGACCUGAGAGAGAGAGACUCAGCUACGUACAAGUUCAGAUUUAUAACAGAUCAGACUGAAGGGAGAUAUUAUGGAGAUCCUGGAGUCACUCUGUCUGUAACAGAUCUGCAGGUGAAGGUGACUCCUUCACAUCGGUCACAGAGGAUGAUACUGACCUGUAGAACCACCAGCUGUCCUCUGAGUGGUAACCCCACCUACACCUGGUACAAGAAUGGCAAGAUAGUAUCUGAGAAGACUUCCACCUAUUCAGUCAUCCCUAAUGAUGAGGACAGCUACUCUUGUGCUGUAAAGGGCCAUGAGGAUCUCCACUCUCCUGCAGUGUGUGUUCAGUAUCAGUACUGCAACAGAGUAACUGACACAAAGAGGAGAAUGUGUGUCUUGAAGGGGUCAUCAGUGGACAUAUCCUGUACUUAUGUUGGUUAUAAUACAGUCAAAUCAUCACUUUGGUUUAGACCUAAACAGAGUGCUAGUUGGACUAAUAAGUUGACACCUGAGGACCUAACCAGAGACCCAGGGUAUGCAGGUCGUGUGAAGUACACAGGAACAUACAGAGGUCCCUUCACCCUGAGAAUCACAGAUCUGAGAGAGGAGGACUCAGCUGAGUAUCGCUUCACUUUUAAAACAAACAACUUUGAAUGGGGUCAUAGUUUCCCAGGAACAACUCUGUCUGUCACAGGUCUGCAGGUGAAGGUGACUCCUGCUGCAGAGGGACAGAAGACACUGACCUGUAGCACCACCUGUACUCUGACUGACAACCCCACCUACAUCUGGUACAAGAACGGACAACGUCUACAUGAACCUGUUUCCCAACAACACUCUAGUAAUUUGCUGGUGGUCUGGGAUUCUUCUGUGAACAUUUACUCCUGUGCUGUUGAAGGUCAUGAGGACCUCCACUCUCCUGUAGUUUGUUUUCAGGUGAAGGUGACUCCUAAACAGAACUCAGCGUAUAAGACACUGACCUGUAGCACCACCUGUGUUCUGACUGGUAACCCCACCUACAUCUGGUACAAGAACGGACAGAUAGUAACUGACAACACUUCCCCCUAUUCAGUCUACUCUAAUGCUGCAGACAGUUACUCCUGUGCUGUACAAGGCCAUGAGGAUCUCCGCUCUCCUGCAGUGUGUGUUCAGGGUCAGAGAUGCAGCAGAGUGACUUACACCAAGAGGAGAAUGUGUGUCUUGAAGGGGUCAACAGUGGACAUAUCCUGUACUUAUGUUGGUUAUUAUUCCACCACAUCAACAUUCUGGUUUAGAAGUGAUAGGUCGACCCCUAAAGACCUAACCACAGACCCAGGGUAUGCAGGUCGUGUGGAGUACACUGGAACAUACGAAGGUCCCUUCACCCUGAGAAUCACAGAUCUGAGAGAGGAGGACUCAGCUGAGUAUCGCUUCACUUUUAAAACAAACUACUUUGAAUGGGGUCAUAGUUUCCCAGGAACAACUCUGUCUGUCACAGGUCUGCAGGUGAAGGUGACUCCUGCUGCAGAGGGACAGAAGACACUGACCUGUAGCACCACCUGUACUCUGACUGGUAACCCCACCUACAUUUGGUACAAGAAUGGACAGGUUGUAACUGAGAAUACUUCCCUCUAUUCAGUCCUCCCUAAUGCUGUAGACAGCUACUACUGUGCUGUAAAAGGCCAUGAGGACCCCAGCUCUCCUGCAGUGUAUAAACCAAAGACCACAGUGUCAGUAAGUCCCUCUGGUGGAAUAGUGGAGGGCAGUUCAGUGACUCUGACCUGCAGCAGUGAUGCCAACCCACCUGUCCAGAGUUACACCUGGUGGUACAAGAAGAAUGGAGGUGAAUAUCAGAGUAUGACAGGACCACAGCAUGUCAUCAAUCAAAUCCAGUCAUCUGACAGUGGAGAGUACUACUGUGAGUCCCAGAAUGAGAUGGGGACAGACAGGUCUAGGACCAUAAACAUGGAUGUGAAGUAUGGCCCAAGGAACACCUCAGUGUCAGUCAGCCCCUCUGGUGAAAUAGUGGAGGGCAGUUCAGUGACUCUGACCUGCAGCAGUGAUGCCAACCCACCUGUGAACAAAUACACCUGGUACAAGAAGAAUGGAGCUUCACUGACAGGAUCUGAAAAGAUAUACAAUUUCACGACCAUCAGCUCUGAGGACAGUGGAGAAUAUUACUGUGAGGCUGAGAAUAAAUAUGGACGUCUCAACUCUUCUUCUGUGUCUGUGGACGUUCAGUAUGGUCCAAAGAACACCUCCGUGUCAGUCAGUCCCUCUGGUGAAAUAGUGGAGGGCAGUUCAGUGACUCUGACCUGCAGCAGUGAUGCCAACCCACCUGUGGACAAAUACACCUGGUACUUUCAAAAUAAGACUUUUCUAAAUGGAUUUGGACAGAUCUACAACAUAAGUAAGUUCAAGUCUAAGGACAAUGGACAUUACCACUGUGAGGCCUGGAAUGGAAGAGGAUCUAGGAACUCUACAGCUCUGAUGAUCAUUUUACCAGUGAAACAAACAUCAGUUGUGACUGCAGCUGUAGGAAUCAUAGUCGUUGUUCUGGUUCUCAUCCUCUGUCUCUCUGGACUCAUGUGGUUCAGGAAGAAGGCCUCCAAAUCCACAUCUGACACAAGAGAGACAUCAGAGAAUGUACAGGGAGACUCUAGUCCAGUGUAUGAAAACGUCUCAGGUAUGACCAUGAUCCCUACUGCAGCACAGACAGCAGCCUCCGUCGACCAGGAUGAUGUUCACUAUGCCAGCAUCCACUUCUCUCGCUCCAAAAUCCAGGAAGUGCCUCUGUACUCCACCGUCCAGCUGCAUCCACCCCAGAAACAGGAAGAGGAUGUCCAGUACGAUGCUGUGAAAUUCAACUGCCCCAGUGCUGCCAACCGACCCACGGCAGCACAAGCAGCUGAGGACUCCUCUGUUCUCUACAGUACAGUGAACAAAUCCUGAACCAGGAAGACCUGAACAUUACAAACCCCGAACCAGGAAGACCUGAACAUUACAAACCCAGAACCAGGAAGACCUGAACAUUACAAGCCCAGAACCAAGAAGACCUGAACAUUACAAACCCAGAACCAGGAAGACCUGAACAUUACAAACCCAGAACCAGGAAGACCUGAACAUUACAAACCCAGAACCAAGAAGACCUGAACACAACAAACCCAGAACAAAGAAGACCUGAACACAACAAACCCAGAACCAAGAAGACCUGAACACAACAAACCCAGAACCAAGAAGACCUGAUCACAACAAACUCAGAACCAGGAAGACCUGAACAUUACAAACCCAGAACCAAGAAGACCUGAACAUUACAAACCCAGAACAAGGAAGAACUGAACAUUACAAACCCAGAACCAGGAAGACCUGAACAUUACAAACCCAGAACCAAGAAGACCUGAACAUUACAAACCCAGAACCAAGAAGACCUGAACACAACAAACCCAGAACAAAGAAGACCUGAACACAACAAGUUUGACAGAAACCCUGUAUAUCUGGACCUGUAUAGUCAUACUAAGUGUUAUAAUAUUAUAUCAAGAUAUGCCAUUUAGAAACACUUUUAUCCAAAGUGACUUAUUCUGCGUGGAUCCAUCUUUCAUGCCGGUGGCCCCAUUGGGAAUUGAACCCAUACACCAGGCUCUACCAACAUACAGGACUACUGUAUUCACACUUAGUUGGAGUGCUGAUCUAGGGUCAGUACCAUGCUCUACCAACACACAGGACUACUGUAUUCACACUUAGUUGGAGAGCUGAUCUAGGGUCAGCACCAUGCUCUACCAACUGAGACACAGGACUACUGUAUUCACACUUAGUUGGAGUGCUGAUCUAGGGUCAGUUUUGUCUUAUAAACAAUGCUGUACUUGUCAUCUUGCUCAGUUGUGCACCGGGGCUUCCCACUCCUCUUUCUAUUCUGGUUAGGGCCAGUUUGCACUGUUCUGUGAAGGGAGUUGUACACAGCGUUGUACGAGAUCUUCAGUUUCUUGGCAAUUUCUCGCAUGGAAUAGCCUUAAUUUCUCAGAACAAGAAUAGACUGACGAGUUUCAGAAGAAAGUUAUUUGUUUCUUGCCAUUUUGAGCCUGUAAUCAAACCCACAAAUGCUGAUGCUCCAGAUACUCAACUAGUCUAAGGCCAGUUUUAUUGCUUCUUUAAUCAGGACAACAGUUUUUAGCUGUGCUAACAUAAUUGCAAAAGGGUUUUCUAAUGACCAAUUCGCUUUAUAAAAUGGUAAACUUGGAUUAGCUAACACAACUUGCCACUGGAACACAGGAGUGUUGGUUGCUGAUAAUGGGCCUCUGUACGCCCAUUUAGAUAUUCCAUAAAAAAUCUGUUGUUUCCAGCUACAAUAGUCAUUUACAACAUUAACAAUGUCUACACUGUAUUUCUGAUCAAUUUGAUAUUAUUUUAAUGGACAAAAAAAUGUGCUUUUCUUUCAAAAACAAGGACAUUUCUAAGUGACCCCAAACUUUUGAAUGGUAGUGUGUGU